GGACUGAGUGAGGAGAAAGAGUCUUAACGUCCUAAGGAAGAGCUCAGAAUGAUGGGGCCUUCCAAUCCCCAUCAGUUCUUAGCACUUGGGUGUCCAGAGUCUGGGAAUGGAAAGAGGCUGUGCCAACGGCAUGUCCAGGGUUCUCCAAGGCACUGAGGGCCAGGCAGGAAGCAUCGGUUUCCUCAAAGCCGCUUCCCUCCUGGGGCAGAGUCUCGGUCACAAACAACCACCACCACCGCGCCCGCCCCUCUUUCCCUCCGCUGUGAGCUCAGAGCAGUGGGACAAAGUGCUACGGACGAGGACAGAGGCCCGAGGGCAGCCAUGGGCUCUGGAGGAGUUUGCCUCCUCGGGGCCCGUCAGCCCCUGCCUCUCCUGCUUCUGCUCGUCACAGUGGGGGGUACCAGAGACGACGGUGGUGAUGACGAUGAUGGUGAUGUUGAGUGUGAGGCAGACAGACUGAGAGCUCCACUGGCCCUCACCUGGGUGCCCCGCGCGCAUGCUGGCCUUCUCCCCUCCCAGCUAGCGUGUUAUUGGGGAACUGAUCUUCAGGAGGCAUGGCUCAGGACUCCCCACCCCAGAUCCUCAUCCACCCCGAGGACCAGCUGCUCCAGGGCCCUGGCCAGGCCAUGAUGAGCUGCCAGGCCUCAGGCCAGCCGCCUCCCACCAUCCGCUGGCUGCUGAAUGGGCAUCCCCUGAGCAUGGUGCCCCCAGACAUUCACCACCUCCUACCUGACGGAACCCUCCUGCUGCUGCGGCCCCCUCCCCGGGGACGUGCCCACGAUGACCAGGCCCUGUCCACAGACCUGGGUGUCUACACGUGUGAGGCCAGCAACCGGCUGGGCACGGCAGUCAGCCGGGGCGCUCGGCUGUCUGUGGCUGUCCUUCGGGAAGAUUUCCAGGUCCAGCCUCGGGACGCGGUGGCCACGGUGGGCGAGCAGGUGAUUCUGCAGUGUGGGCCACCCUGGGGCCACCCAGAGCCCACAGUUUCAUGGUGGAAGGAUGGGAAACCCCUGGCCCUGCAGCCAGGGCGGCACUCGGUGUCCAGAGGUUCCCUGCUGAUGGCAAGAGCAGAGAAGAGUGACGCAGGGACCUAUAUGUGCGUGGCCACCAACAGUGCAGGACGACGGGAGAGCCGGGCAGCCAGGGUGUCUGUCCAAGAGCCCCAGGAAUACAAGGAGCCCCUGGAGCUUCUGGCUGUGCGCAUUCAGCUGGAAAACGUGACCCUGCUGAACCCAGACCCUGCGAAGGGCACCCAGCCUGGUCCUGCCGUGUGGCUCAGCUGGAAGGUGAGCGGCCCUGCUGCACCUGCUCAGUCCUACACGGCCCUGUUCAGGACCCAGGCUGCCCCCGGAGGCCAGGGAGCCCCGUGGGCAGAGGCCCUGCUGGCUGGCUGGCAGAGCGCAGAGCUUGAGGGUCUCCACUGGGGCCAAGACUACGAGUUCAAAGUGAGACCAUCCUCCGGGCGGGCUCAAGGCCCCGACAGCAACGUGCUGCUCCUGAGGCUGCCUGAACAAGUGCCCAGUGCCCCUCCGCAGGAGGUGACCCUUUUACCUGGCAACGGCAGUGUCCUCGUGAGCUGGGUCCCACCACCUGCUGAAAAGCACAAUGGCAUCAUCCGUGGCUACCAGGUCUGGAGCCUGGGCAACACCUCGUUGCCCCCCGCCAACUGGACGGUGGCGGGCGAGCAGACCCGGCUGGAGAUCGCCACCCGCAUGCCAGGCUCCUACUGCGUACAAGUGGCCGCAGUCACUGGGGCUGGGGCUGGGCAGCCCAGCAGCCCUGUCUGCCUCCUUUUAGAGCAGGCCGUGGAGCAAGCUGCCCAGGAACCCAGUGCGCACGGGCCGUGGACCCUGGAGCAACUGAGGGCGGCCUUGAGGCAGCCAGAGGUCAUUGCCAGCGGGGGUGUUGUGCUCUGGCUGCUGCUGCUGGGCACCGCCGUGUGCGUCCACCGCCGGCGCCGAGCUGGGGUGCACCUGGGCCCAGGUCUGUACAGACAUACCAGUGAGGACGCCAUCCUAAAACACAGGAUGGAUCACAGUGACUCCCCGUGGCUGGCAGACACUUGGCGCUCCACCUCUGGCUCUCGGGACCUCAGCAGCAGCAGCAGUCUCAGCAGCCGACUGGGAGUGGACCCCCGGGACCCACUAGACGGUCGUCGCUCCUUGAUCUCCUGGGAUCCCCGAAGCCCCGGUGUGCCCCUGCUUCCCGACACCAGCACUUUUUAUGGCUCCCUCAUCAAUGAGCUGCCUUCCAGCCCCCCAGCCCGGCCAAGUCCCCAGGCCCCAGCUGCCAGGCGGCUCACACCCCAGCUGGCCAGGGCCUCCAGUCCCUGGCCCAGUUCAGACAGCCUCUGCGGCCGCAGGGGCCUCUCUUCUCCGCGCUUGUCUCUGGCCCCUGCAGAGGCUUGGAAGGCCAAAAAGAAGCAGGAGCUGCACCAGGCCAACAGCUCCCCGCUGCUCCGGGCCAGCCACCCCGUGGAGCUCUGGGCCUGUGAGCUGGGCAACCGAGGCUCCAAGAACCUUUCCCAAAGCCCAGCCUGUCGUUCCCCAGGAGCUGUGCCCUGGGCCCUGGUUGCCUGGCGGGCCCUGGGACCACAGCUCCUCGGCUCCUGCAGUGAGCUGGUGACUCGCCCUCUCCCCGCAGCACCCCUCUCUCCUCGUGGACCCCCCACUCAGAGUCAACAGACCCAGCACUCGGUGGAGCCCCAAGCCCCCUCCUGCCCCCCACUGCCAGCAGCCCCCGUCCCCGCCUUUAUCCCCUCCAGUCCCCAGGCCUCUUCCCUCUCUGGCCCCAGCCCAGCAUCCAGUCGCCUGUCCAGCUCGUCACUGUCGUCCCUGGGGGAUGACCAGGACAGUGUGCUGACCCCUGAGGAGGUGGCGCUGUGCCUGGAGCUCAGUGAGGGUGAGGAGACCCCCAGGAACAGUGUCUCUCCAAUGCCAAGGACUCCUUCACCCCCCGCCACCUAUGGCUACAUCAGCGUCCCGACGGCCUCGGAGCUAGCGGACAUGGGCAGGCCUGGAGGAGGGGUGGGGUCCGAGGUGAGGGGCUUGCUGUGCCCACCUCGGCCCUGCCCCACACCCACGCCCAGCGAGGGCUCCUUGGCCAACGGCUGGGGCUCAGCCUCUGAGGACAACGCCCCCAGCGCCAGAGCCAGCCUGGUCAGCUCCUCCGACGGCUCCUUCCUCGCCGACGCCCACUUCGCCCGGGCCCUGGCCGUGGCUGCGGACAGCUUUGGCUUUGGUCUGGAGCCCAGGGAGGCAGACUGCGUCUUCACAGAUGCUUUGUCACCUCCCUCCCCCCGGGAUGACCUCUUCCUGAACUCCGCCCUCUCCCUGCCCCCGUGGGAGUGGAGGUCAGAGUGGUUGGAGGACAUGGAGAAAAACCACACCCAGUGGCUGGGAAGGGGGCUGCCUCCCUGGCCCCCCACCUCUCGGAUCUCGUCCCAGAGAAGUCAGCUCAGCUGUCCUGCGCCCAAGGCCGGCGACGCCUCGUGAGCUGAUCCCAAGACUGCCAAGAGGAGAAUCAGAACCCUCUCCCCUGUCAGCCACCAGCCUGGGCUGUGGACUGUGGGUCUUGGCCUGUGCUUCUCUGCAGUUGGGGUCCACCUCUCCCAGCCUCCAGAGUUCUCCGUCCCGGAUUGUGAAAACAAAUGAAAGCAAAACAAAAUACGAACAAAGCGGACCUGGAGCCCCCGGGGGGAAAAAAUCAUCUCCACCUGACUCCCAGCCCUUGCUUUUCCUUCUGCUUCAUCCACGUCCAAAACCAGGUCAUUUGGGCCUAAGAAGCAGCCCUAAAUCCUGAUCUCCCCACGCACUUGGAUCACGGGAAGUGGAGGAGCCAAAUGUCUGCCUGGAGGACAGCAGUGGCUCACGGGAGAGGGCUGUGGAGGAAGGAGCUUCUCAUCUCAGGGCCUCCCCUCUCAGCCCUUUCUGGACCAUUCCUAGCUCUCUCCCCAAACACACCACGAAGGGACAUAAAGAGAGACUCCACUGAGGCAGUGAGGCCCUAUCUCAGCACCAAGACAAAGGGUUCAGGAUGAGUCUAGGGAGGAAGAUGAAGGAAGAGUGACGAACGUGGGACAAAUACACCCUCCUCACACUGUUGUCACUAUAAGCUUAAGGAAUUUGAUACCAUAAAGCUACGAUGACUUGA